AUGAUUGGGCCCACCAGCAACGGCUACGCCUGUUUUGACUACAGCGAAGUCGAGUCAAUAACGGCACUGACGAAGGGUUAUUGCGAUGCGCAGCGACACCUCGACGUGCUGUCGUCCUGGCCGUCGGAAGAAAAUGCCAGCUUCUACCAGAGGUGGCGCUUCCGUCACACAAUCUUGCAGACUCAACCGUACCCGGACGAAGGGCCAACUUCUCAAGCGCAGCUGCCCAGUGGCGACGAGGCUGCAACAGUCGACGUGGACAUGAUAGACAUGCGUUCCAUUGACCGCUGUGCUUGA